ACUUCCGGUUUCCGGUUAGAAUCAUUCAGUCCAAGAUGGCGGACCUCCUGGGCUCAAUCUUGAGCUCGAUGGAAAAACCUCCAACAGUCGGCGACCAGGAAAGCCGCCGAAAAGCUCGAGAGCAGGCCGCCCGCAUGAAGAAGAUGCAGGAGGACGAGAGGAGAAAGAAAGCAGAGUUUAGGAAGAAGAUGGAGAAGGAAGUGUCGGAUUUCAUCCAGGACAGCAGUCUGCAGAAGAAGAAGUACGCACCCAUGGGGAAGAUUGAGAGAAGCAUCCUGCACGAUGUGGCCGAAGUGGCGGGUCUGACCUCCUUCUCGUUCGGGGAGGAUGAAGAAAGCAGAUACGUGAUGCUCUUUAAAAAGGAGUUCGCGCCGUCGGAUGAGGAGUUGGAGGCGUACCGUAGAGGAGAGGAGUGGGAUCACGCCAAAGCGGAGGCGAGACGCAAGCUGAGGGAACAGGCGGCGUUGGAGGAGGAAGCAGCCAGUCAGAGUCAGAAGAGGCCGUCGUCUCCCAGCUCCAACUACAGAGACAAAUACAGCCAUCUGAUUGGCACGUCUGCUGCUAAAGACGCCGCCCACACGCUGGAGGCCAACCAGGCGUACGGCUGUGUCCCUGUGGCCAAUAAGAGAGACACACGCUCCAUCGAGGAGGCCAUGAACGACAUCCGGGCUAAAAAACGCCUCAAGAGAGGAGAAGAGGACACAGGGGCCAGCGGCCUGUGAGACUGCUGUGUGUGUGUGUGUGUGUGUGUGUGUGUGUGUGUGUAGGUAUGUGUAUAAGAGAAUCAGGGUGUGUAUUCAUAGAUGUGUCCCUGUACAGUAUUGUACUCUCUAGCAAUAUUUCCCUGAGGGUGUGUGCGUGUGCGUGUGUGUACACACACACACAUUGUUUAGCGGUCACUCUGGCCUUGUCUGCUGCUUCUACCCUCCUCAUAGUUGUGUGUUUUUGUUUUAAAGCUCGUUAGUUUAGUGGAUUUUAUUUCCGCGUGUCUUCAUGCUGUGAAGUUAAGACACGUUUUUUUUUUAUUUUUAGUGAGUUUGUUAAAUAAAGCGACAUGUAAAGGCAAAAUUUGGUCACGGAGGUGUGCGUGCGGAUCAUUGUCCAUCUUUGGGAAUGUGGGUGGGGCCACGAGUUUUUUUGGAAAAGGAGUAAAUGCACUUGGGAAAUCGUGACUAAGAAAUGAAAUGUGGGUGUGUCACUGGAGGGCCCAUAUAUGGAAAUGCGGGUGUGUCCAAGUGGCCACAAUAUAUGAAGGUUGCAGAUGGAAAUGUGGGUGUGUCAAUAUGGACCAUAUAUGGAAAUGUGGGUGUGCCUUUGAGUCCCUAUAAUUGCAGUAUAAGGAAAUCAAUGGCACUGAUGUAAAAAAAAGUAGUAUUUUAAGAUUUGGUCAUAUUUGAAGUCAUAUUUGAAGUCAUAUAAGGACAAAGACACGCCCACCCGUCUCUCCUCGGACAGAUCCACUCCAAUAGAAAAAAUCGAUUUUGUGUUUUUGUAUUGAGUGUUUAUGACUGUUCAAACCACUUUUUAUCCAAACUCACUCUCCUGGAGUUACGGCCUGCAGUGUGUUCAUGUGAAGUGUGCAUCAUUUUACAAAAAACGCUAAUGCUAACUGGUCUCUCAGUUAGACCAGCCUUUAUAUCAACUUCAGAUAGCUCCCGUGCUAGAAAUAUUGGAUUUUAAUCGAUGGUGCAUGUUCAGAUAUGAAGCAGACCCUUUGGUGUAGUAGAAUAAAACUCUAUGUUGUCAUUGGUGAGUCUGUGUUCAUCACUAAAUUGUGCUCUUCAUAUUUCAGACAGCAAGUAAAUCAUACAAAAACACAUGUGGAACUUCCUUCCUAUUUAUAGCAUUUUAAAGCCUUGUUACUGUUUACCACCUUUAAUAUGUAAUAAAUAUAAAGCUGAAAUAGUCUGUGUCAGUAAUGAAUCCUGUAACUGUCCACAUUUUACACACUGUAUCUGAGGAGCCUGGUGUUCUAACAGACUCGACUGUUAAGGCUACUCGCGUUUGGGGUUUUAAAUAAAGGAUUAAACGCUGAAA